UCUGUGUUUCAGCUCCACCGUGAAUAUAUUCACAUCUAUUUACUUUAUGAUUCUUAGCAGCAAAAUCUCAUGUUUUUUGUAUAAACACAAGCUUGCAGACAUGAGCUGAUGGUUGAGAAUCAGGUCCAUGAGUCUUGACGACUUGUUGGAUUUCGACAGCUGUGGCGAAGCACUUUUGGUUAACUGGAUUGUAUUUAAGUGUCUUUGCUGCUCUGUGGCGAUCUGUUACUUCCCUUUGAGCUUUCAACACUUCCUGUACUGUAUAGCCUGUUGAUGUUUAAACAAUUGUCUAAUAUUUAAAAGAUAAUUUGAAAGGGUUUAUCUCUUGUAGAACAUCCACAAACAUGAGCGACGUCGGAGGAGUGAGAGAGACCCCGUCCUUCAACCAGUCAUCUGUCAACAACCAGACCGACAGGUCGGCUUUGUGCGGUCAGAUCGACACAUCAACUCACCUCUUCUUCAUGCUAGUCUACAGUCUGGUCUUUCUUAUGGGUUUGCUCCUCAACGGCUUCACCCUGAAGGUUUACUUCUGUCGCGCUCAGCAGCAGACAUCCAGCAGCGUAACCAUCUACCUGAAGAACCUGGCGGCCUCCGACUUCCUGAUCAGCCUCUGCCUCCCCAUCCGCAUCACCAACUACGCCAGCAGCUCCGUCCCCGUCCGCCGGGUUUACUGUAACUUUGGUGCCUCUGCCUUCUAUCUCAACAUGUACGCCAGCAUCCUGUUCAUGGGCUACAUCGCCGCCAACAGGUAUCUGAAGAUCGUCCAUCCUUUAGGGACUCACAUCCUGCAGACGGUGCGGGCGGCUCACAUCAUCUCCACAGUAACCUGGGUUUUCCUGCUGGCCAUGACGAGCACCUACAUCACCCUGUCGCUCCUGACGCAGGAACCUCUGCCGUCCGUCCCCAACACAGUAAGCUGUGACGUCCUGCACAGUGACCAGCUCAGUCUGCUCUAUAAAAUCAUCCACUCCUUCUCCGCCGCCAUCUUCCUGGUCGUCCUUGUCUCCCUGAUCUUCUUCUACUACAGCACCUCCCGCAGGCUAUCGCUGGCGCAGCAGAGGCAGCCGGUGUCCUCCGGCUCCAAGAAGCUGGCCAAGUCACGCAGGAACAUGCUGGUGCUGGUCAGUGUCUUCUGUGUUUGCUUUGUGCCCUACCACCUGGUUCGCCUCCCCUACGCGUUCCUGAAACGGUGCACAUGGGAACAGGCGUUCUUCUACCUGAAGGAGCUGACCAUCCUUGUGUCGGUUUUCAAUGUUUGCCUGGACCCGCUCAUCUACUUCAUCUUCUGCAAGGCCUUCCGGGCCCAGCUGAGCCUGAGGAGGGUGUUCAGCAUCACGCAGGCCGCAGAAAAUACAGAGCGGAGGAGCAGUGACGGGCGGGUGAGCGCCUCCAAAAUCAACACCAAGACGUCGGUGACCAAGCAAACCAGCGUGCUGUAGCUUCAAGCUAACAAAACAUCCAUGAUUUGUGUUGUUAAAAGCAACAAUCACACCACAAAUGCACAUAUGUGUGAAGGCUGAGAUCUGCUGAUAAAAAACACCAGCCAAUAGGAGGCGGCCAUGUCACUACUCUCCUUUUUACCAGAAGACUAGUGCAGUGCCCAUUCAAAACAUGCCUGUUUGGAACUGGCUGAUUGCUUGGCUUCAGCACAUAGAAAAAUUAAUCCAGUUGAUGUGAGGUGUGAAUGAUAAUAUACACCAUCAACAUGUAAGAAACUAACAAUCUAUUAUACACAGAUGUUAUAAAUGAUAUGUACUCUAAUAGUAAAUAAACAUUUUUCUCAUUUCAAGUAG